AUGUGCCGUGCAUGGGUGGUUGCUGGCGUCAUGCCUGUCGUGGUACCCCUUGCCCAUGACGUUGCCACGUCAUGGGCGUUGUCCCUCGUCCUUGGUCCAUCGUUCCGCGCUGGGGGUGUCGUUGUCAUUAGCGUGGGCAUCGUGCGACGUGACAAUAUGGCACGCCCUCAAUUAUAUUCAUAUAUAAUAAUAAUAUACUGGAAUGACUGGAAUCCACUGGACUCCACUGGACUGGGACUGGACUCUGAAAAGUGGCUGGCAGUCCAGUGGGAGUCCAGUGGACUGGACUGGACUGGACUGGACUGGACUCCAGUGGACUGGGCAUUCUGCCAGCCAAUCUGGCCUGGUAAGAGGGCCACUGGAAUCCACUGGAGUCCACUGGAGUCCACUGGAGUCCAUAUGGAUUACGUGGGGGAGGGUAAAGACCUCCAUUCCGGGGGACAAAUAUUCCUCAGGAAUGAUGUCAUUCCUGAUUAG